AUGAGAUACUCCUCUGCGCUCACCGCCAUGUGCCUCGCCUCCAGUGCGUGGAGUGCCGCCAUCAACAAGCCUCGCCAAGACACUGUCAUCAGUACUAUCAGCACCGCCAUCGCUUCGGUAGAAGGACUUGUGACAGGGUUCUCAGAUGCUUUCAACGGAUUGGUUUCUGCCGUUGGGAACACUGUCAAUGACCAGACCACGGCAGUCGAGACAGCCCAAGCAGUCUUCAGCGGCAACAUUGGCGCGCUCAUCAACGGUCUCAACGGCGCAGCGGCGGCCAUCUCCUCGGCGACCCUCAAAGCCGGGGGCAACACCGCCGCGGCGAUUGCGGGCUUCACCCAGGCCGAGGUCGAUCAGCUCAACUCUGACCUGUCGACCGUGCAGAGCGCCCUCUCCGGCAUUAGUAUAAAUGUCGUGUCUGUCGGCCUUAUCGAGUCCCAGCUCGGCGCGGCGUACCAGUCCGAACUCCAGGCCCUGGGCAACUCCAUCAUCACCCUAACCACCCCUCUUCUGACGUUCAGCCAGAGCGCCACCAGCGCCCUGCUCAACAACCCCGUUAUCUCGGUCACCGCCCUGCAGAAUACCAUCAACAGCUUGUCCACCGUGGUCAACCGCUUCACGUCGUCUCUCGGCCUGGGCAGCGUCUUCCAGACUGUCGGCGGUGUCGUGGGCACCGUGGCAGGGGCUGCUGGCUCGACGGUGGGCACUGUUGGGUCUACGGUUGGGUCGACCCUCGGAUCGACGGUGGGAGCUGGCCAGGCUGUGGGAUCUGGAGUAGGAUCAACCGUUGGGACUGUCGGAUCUGGAGUGGGAUCGACCGUUGGAACCGUCGGAUCUGGAGUGACAGCUGGUGUUGGGGCCAUCGGUUCAGGCGUCGGCGGUCUUCUUGGGGGCCUUUAAAUUUCUUUUUCUCUCGUUUCUUUUCUCUCCGUUUAUUCUCUUGACGACGAGACGAUGAUGGCUUAACAACAUUCGUUUGGUGAAGUUGGAGGGAUGUCUGGUACGAAUCAACAUGGAUGGGAUGGGUUGGGUACUUACUCUUCUCUUCGGCAUGGCACAACUUGCCAGGCCGUUCCAGUUGCGCCCAUGCGCUUAACCGCCUGGCGCGCAACAUUUUGAAAUGAGCAGGAACGAAUGCUUUGGAAAGGAGAUGCAAGCAGGCAGGUAGAAAGAAAUAUCAUAAAUGUUCAACACUACC